AUGAAAUACUCAACUUUCAUAUCGUCCAUCGAGACUCCUUUCUAUUACUCUCUUGCCAGCCACAAGAUCGAAUAUGAUAAACUUGACGACUCUCCACGGAGAGUGCUGGGUCAAUAUGUGCCUUGCAAAGCCGAGAUGCAAAUUCACGGAAAUGCUCUGGUAGCCGACGAGGUUGGUAAAGACUCGUGUAGAGCUGAAGGCAUGAUUAAGAACUUCAAUACCAUCGAGGAGUUUAAGAAAGUCAAUAGACCAGAGCUCUUGCAGAAAGUCGCACGCACGAUUUGGGAUGCCAUAGAUGACGGAUCUAUCUAUUCGGCGCCCUCUUUAUUGGCAUCAUUCUUAAUACUCUCGUAUGCGGAUUUGAAGAAAUAUAAAUUUCACCAUCUUUUUGCAUUUCCCGCAUUCGUCUCUACCCCACAAUGGUCCGUUAAAGGACCUAUCGAUAAGUUUGACGCCCAGCAGACCUCUACGCUAGUAGACGCAGUCAAUAUCUGGAGAUACAACGCGGAUUCUAGACAACGGGGCUUCUUUCUGAUAAAGCGGGAUGAGGGUGCAUGGAAGAUUGGCGCGCUGGGGGAUUUUGAGAGAGGAUUUUUUGGAGAAGAUGUGGAUGAGGAGGAUCGUUUUGUUGCAUUCGUGGAUCCGUGGGGAUGGAAAAAAGUUAAAGUUCUCUGUUAUAGAGAUGUCCACAGAGAAAGAUAUGAGCCCAAGAGCUUUAUCAUGGACCUAGAACUUGAAAAGCCCGACGUUGAAGGAGACCUUGCAAACAUGAGCUUAGACGAGAUGCCACCAGUUGUAGGUUGGGAGAAAGGUGACGAUAAUAAAAUUCGACAAAAGGUUGCCUACCUAUCAGCGUCCAUGGAUUCAAAAAAGCAAGCGGAUAUUAGUGUUGAUCUCAACCUUAAACUCAUGAAGUGGCGAAUCGCACCAGAUUUAAAUCUUGACAAUAUUAAAAAGACAAAAUGUCUUUUACUGGGUGCUGGUACGCUGGGUUCGUACGUUGCACGAGUUUUGCUUGGUUGGGGAGUUCAUAAAAUCACUUUCGUCGAUUCGGGCACUGUCUCCUUCUCAAACCCAGUUCGGCAACCCCUGUUCACCUUUGAGGACUGUGUUGGAGGAAAGACCAAAAAGGCCACUCAGGCCGCAGAAGCUCUCAAAGCUGUAUACCCAGGAGUGGAUGCAGAAGGGUUCGAUAUGACCGUACCAAUGGCAGCUCACCCGUUUUCCGAUUCUCAAGAAGAGGGCGUUAAAAAGGAUUAUGAAAAGCUUAAACAACUAUUCGAAGAACAUGAUGCGAUCUUUCUAUUGAUGGAUACCAGGGAGAGUAGGUGGUUGCCCACAGUUAUGGGGAAAAGUAUGGGAAAGAUCGUGAUGAACGCCGCUCUUGGGUUUGACAGCUAUGUUAUUAUGAGACAUGGGGUCAAAGUUGAAAAAAUGGAAGGACAGGAGACUGGAGAAGAAUUAGGUUGUUAUUAUUGCAAUGAUGUUGUAGCUCCAGGAGAUAGUCUGACAGAUAGGACCUUGGACCAACAAUGUACUGUCACCAGACCUGGGCUUGCGCCAAUUGCGAGUGCUCUCUUGGUAGAAACACUUGUCUCAAUUCUUCAGCAUGACCUCGGAGCCGCUGCCCCAGCACCAGAAACAUCAAAGGAAGACCGUGGUAGUCAUCCCCUGGGUCUUAUCCCGCACACAAUUCGUGGUUUUCUGGCAAACUUCUCGAAUAUGAUGAUCAAGGGUCGCGCAUACGACUGCUGCUCAGCAUGCUCGGAGCCCAUUAUCAAAGCUUACAGGGAAAAUGAGUGGGAUUUUGUAAAGAGAGCUCUAAAUGAGAAAGGAUAUGUCGAAGAGCUCAGUGGUCUUGCAGAGGUGCAGAGGAGGGCCACGGCUGUUGAGGAAGGUAGUGAGCUCGAUUGGUCCGAGUCGGAAGAGGGUGUGGCAGAAGCGUAG